AUGAUACAGUUUUGGAAUCCGGCUUAUAGCUGUUUCACCUUUAAUCGGGAGGACAUGACUCCAACCCUGGAGGAAUACCAUUUUUUGCUGAAUCUGCCAAAGGUUAAAGUAAGCCAAAUCUACUCUCAAUCGAUAAAAGGGCCUUUGUUUAAAUCAAAGCUUGCAAAGAUCUCGGGCACGAGCGAUAAAUGGAUAAAGGAUCGGUUGCAACGAAGAGGGGAAAGCAUAGGAGUACCAUGGUUACACUUACAAAAGAUAGCUGAAACACAUGUAGACGAAGAUGUACGGAGAGAUGUAUGUGCUCUGGGAAUAUAUAGUCUGAUAAUUUUUCCAAGGUGUUUGGGGAUUGUUGAGCUGGCAGUAGUUGACUUGGUUGAGAAGUUAAAAAGAGGAACAAACCCGGUCCAUGUAAUUCUCGCUGAAACCUUUCGAUCUUUAAAUAUGUGUAGAAGGUUUGAUGGAGGUCGCUUUAUGGGAUGUGCUCAGUUGCUUACUAUAUGGAUCAGAAGUCAUUUUUGGAAAGAAAGAAAAGUCAAUUAUAAUCGCUUUUUGAAAGAUUAUUCUCCCAUUACCGAGUACCUUACGAAGGAAUGGCCUGAAGUAUCACAAAAAGAUCAGUGGGUUGAAUUCUUCAGGAAUUUACAGGUUACCCACGAGGUAGCCGGUGCCAAAUUUGAUUUCAAAGAAGCCAAUUAUAAGAAGAAAGUCAAAGAUGUGGUUGAUUCAUGGAGGUUGACUUUUGUGACCAAGGUAGUUAGAGCAGAUGUUGUCUUGAAACCUGAUUAUGAAGCUUGGAGAAUUCAAAGGGUAAAUGACAAGAUUCCUUUAGCAUCUGGAGAAGGAUCCAGGUCAAUGGAAGAACAAAUCAGAAAUAUCCCUUCGAACUUGGAGAUCCAGAGAAGUGAGUUUGAGAUAGAGAAAGCUAAAGAUACUAAGAAAAUAAAGGAAAUGGAGAGAGAAAACUUCAUGCUAACUCUCGAAGCUGAAUUUCAUACCAAACAGUUCAAAAUGAUGAGGAACAAGAAAGAAGGGGUAGAAGCCAAUCUUGAAGAACUAAAAAGGGAUUAUCAAAAGAUGCAACAAACGAAAAGGGGAUUUGGGUCAAGUAAAGCGCCACAUCAAUGGGCCAUAGAAUUAGCAGCUGUAAAGCGACGAAUUAAAAGUCUUGAGACUGAGAAUAAAUGUCAAGUUAAGAAGAUAGAAGCCAGCAAAGCAAAAAUUGGAGAGUUGGAAGCUGAUAAGAGAGACUUGAUCAAACAAUCUAAGGUCGGGGCUCGUAAAAUUUAG